AACUCGCAAAUCCAAAUUCAUAAAAGGAACUCACAAAUCCAGUAAAGCUUUGUUAUCAGAAUUUGUUCUCCAUUCACAAUCCCAUAAAAGUUUCGCAAACCCAAAAAAGCGUCGCUAACCCAUAAAUUACAACCCAUCCAAACUAACCAAAUCCAGAAUUGAUACUUCUUCUCCUCAAACCUAGAAUUGGAACCCUAAAAAAAUAACAAACACAAGAAAAAAAUGCAUACAUCAGAAUCCUUCUCCCACCGUGGCCGCUAGUCUCGCACCGGACCUUAUACUCGUUGAUAUCCAACCGGCCUUAAAUCGUCUUGCUUCCAGCACCAUCUCAUCUUACCCCCACCUCCUCGCCCUCAGCCCCUACCCUGCUGAAACCCCAUCUUCUGCCGAAGCAAAACCUGCAAAAAAAAAAAACUUAAGCCAAACUAAUCCAAUCGUUCUCGUAGGAAUGCUCCGCCAUUGCAACCUCUCGAUCCGCCAGUCACCUCUUGAGCUCGGCGCCAUCGUCGCCUGUCGAUCUCUCCAUCCGUUACCUGUUGUUCUCUCCGUCCGUCGCUUGCGAUCUCUCCGCUCGUCACCUGUCAAUCUCUCCGCCCCUUGUCUCUCGAUCUCUCUGCCAUCGUCGUCAAAUCUCGGCAAUCGUUGUCGUCUCAAUCUCUCCGUCAGCGUCACCCAUCGUCGCUUGAGGAGGCAGCUAGCGGUGAUCUUUUUGGAGAGGAAGGAAGAGAUGAAGACAUUGUUUUCUUUGAGAGUAGAGGAGCAUGUGCAGGGUGGUUUUUUUGGAGAGAACGAAGAAGGGCGGAAAAGAAGGAAAGUUGAGAAGGGGAAGAAUUAAUGAAUGGGAAGAGAUAAAAGAGGGCAGAGGGG